UGUUAUAUAACACUGCAUAUUCUGCAUGAAAGCUUAUACUUACCUGUAGAGGGAAAUCCAAGCAGAGCUUUGUACUAAAGUACUUUUUUUGUAUAUUGAAAUUAGAUUAUAAUUUGAUUUCCAUGAUAUGAUACUACUGUUAUGGGUGAUAUAUCAGUUAACAGAGCCUUAUGCUUUUUUUAAGAUGAUUGACAGGUUGUUUGACAUCCUGAACAGCCGCAAUCCCCGUGCCAAGGGUUACAAAGCUCCUCUGAGUGCUUUGAAUUGGACAGAGAGAGUAGAGCUCUUGUUGAGAGGCAGGGAAUACUUGCUCAGUUUGAUGGCACACCCCUCCACCAAACAAAGAGUUUUGUUUUUUUUAUAUCGAAUGGUUUCCACGAAAAGUUCACAACAUCGUAAGUUAAUAUGAUGCUCUGUUCUCUUGCUACACAUCGAGUUCAUAAGAUGUUCUUUCUCUGGUUUGGAUCGUUUUGCUGUCUGCAGUUUUGUUUCUGUUGACUCUUCUGUUCAGUAUUUUUCAGGUCAUACAGGACAGGUGUCAAAUAUGGUAUGUAUGUUCAUAUGAUGUUGCAUUUUGCAAAACCAGAGGCAGGAGAUAAUGUGAGUCCCUCCUGCUUUAAGGAGCAUAUCUUGUAUUGCACUUUUUCUUCUUGUUUAUGAUGUUUGUCUCUGCAUGUUGAAAUCUUCUUGUGUUCAGUGUUUUUCAGGUCAUAGAGGUGCCAAAUGGUAUGUACAGUAUGACAUGUUCUUGUUUUUAAGCUCUUCUUGUUCAGUUUUAAUAUAGUUCCUAGUUGUUCCUGACACUGACUUAUGCUCUCAAGAAGCACCCAGUAAUUUUGCACCCAGUAGAUUUGUACUGCACUUAAAUCAUUUACCAUUCAGGGACUUUAUUGGAGCAAAACAUUUAUUGCUACCACUAUCUCUGUCGCCAUGUGUUGUGUUACAUGUUAUGAAUAUUUGUAAAAAAGUCAAUUAAUGUCUUUCAAAAACUUACAAUUGCAAUUACUAGGUGCUCUCAAGGUGUCUUGUUUUGCCAUGAUCUUAUUGAUGAAAUGUUUUCUUUUGAAGGUAUCUGUCAGUCAUUGGCUUUGUCAUCAACAUGGACACAUAGUUGAUGAUGAUUCCUGACCUGCUCCAAGUUCAGUGUUAUGUCUGCACAUACCGCUUCAGUCAGGAUCACUUGGAGCUUUUGUUCAAUUCUGUCAGGGCAUCAGGAGGCUGGAAUAACUAUCCAACUGCAGGGCAGUUCCAAGGCAUUUUCCGUCGUCUGAUGGUUCGUUGUGGUGUCUCACCAAGUGGGUCAGGCAAUGUGGCAGCACAAGAUGAAACUGUGUCCCUAUCAGCUGCAGAAAUGCACUCUGCUUUAAUGGCAGAGGAAGAGCUCCUAUUUCCAUUUGCAAACAUAUCUGCAGUCAUAUGUGACCACAGUUACCUGCCCACCCGCUUUGGUGGUCUUGUGGACAAUGCCCUUGUCUACAUUUCAGGGUUUGUUGUCAGAAUUUUUUUUAAAAAACUGUCCUGUGAGGUGUGCCGUGCAAGCCUCGUCACAGCUGCUGUACCCUCAUCUUUUGAAAAGAGCUACCACCUGCUUGAACUUAAAAACAAUGGUGGGCUGAUGAUCCACUCAGAGGGAACAGUGAAGGUGGUCAGAGCAGCAGAGCGUGUGAUUCGACAAAACUCAAAGCAACAAGGGGUCCGUGUGUCCUUCGUCAACCGUUUUGUUCGGGCGGAGAUUGGUUCAGAGGAUGUGUUCUUACUCGGGGAGCACAUUGCAGACACCCAAUUUGGAAUUGAGAACCAUCAUUUCAUGCUUGUGUCAUUUGUGGUGUCUGUAUUUCACAAAGUAAGGCUGCACCACAUCACAAAAUUAACUACCCUGGAGUUACAGAGUGCAAGCAUACGCAAGAAGCUGUGCAAAACAGUUCUUUUUAAAGGAUUUUAGCUCCCCAGUCCCAGUUGCAAGCCUGACAGGGUAAUGUAAGAUGCUGGAAUGACCUGGCAUUAUAACGUUUACUUUAGGCCUUUACAAAAAUGUUCUGAGCUGGUACAGUAUAUAUGGGAGCUUGUAUGUAUAUGUGUUACAGAAGGUGAGUGAGUGUGUGAGUUAGAGUGUGAGUGAGAAAUAAAUUCAAGUGAAAAAUCAAACUUUUCUUUAUUAAAAUAUAAAAUUCAUUAAUUUAUACAUUUAUCUAUAUGCCUGUGUGAGAGAAAUAAAUUCAA